AUGGCUCCCAUAACAAAAGAAUGCGACUACCUCGUCAUUGGUGGCGGUAGCGGUGGUCUGGCGUCGGCACGCAGAGCCAGCGGCUAUUACGGCGCAAAGACUAUCGCGGUAGAGAGCAAGCGUCUGGGAGGAACUUGUGUCAAUGUUGGAUGUGUGCCAAAGAAGGUUACCUUCAAUGCUGCCAUGAUCGCAGAGGCUAUCCACGACUCGAAAGCGUACGGAUUCUCCGUCAAUCAGUCUGCGCCUUUCGACUGGCCGAGCUUCAAGAAGAAGAGGGAUGCGUAUAUUCUGCGCCUGAAUGGAAUCUACGAGAAGAAUUUGAGCAAUGACAAGGUUGAAUAUAUCCAUGGACGGGCACACUUGACUGGCAAGAACGAGGCGGAGAUUGUGCUGGACGAUGGUACCAAGCAGACUGUUCGGGCAAAGAAGAUCCUGCUGGCGGUUGGUGGACAUCCCACAAUCCCCCAAGGAAUCCCAGGUUCGGAAUACGGAGUCAACAGUGAUGGCUUCUUCGAUAUCGCAGAGCAGCCUAAGAAGGUCGCUUUAGUAGGCGCGGGAUAUAUUGCCGUGGAGUUUGCUGGCAUGUUCAACGCUCUGGGCACGGAAACACAUCUUUUCAUUCGACAUGAUAAAUUCCUGCGAUCAUUCGACCCUAUUGUUCAAGAUACCGUCACAGCAGAGUACGAGAGGCUCGGUGUUCACCUCCACAAGAACUCCAGCCAGAGCAAGGUAGAGAAGGACGAGACGAGCGGUAAGCUCACGCUCCACUACAAGGACGCCAACGGAGAGGGCAAGCUCGAGGGUCUCGACGCUCUCAUCUGGGCCAUCGGCCGCUCCCCUGAAGUCGAGGAUCUCGGCCUCGAAAAGGCAGGCGUCAAGCAAAACGACAAGAAGCAGAUCAUUGCUGACGAAUACCAAAAUACUAAUGUCGAUAACAUCUACUCCCUCGGCGACGUCGUUGGUAAGGUCGAGCUGACACCCGUCGCCAUCGCCGCUGGCCGCAAACUCGCUGAUCGCCUCUUCGGACCCGAGAAAUUCAAGACUUCCAAGCUAGACUACGACCUCAUACCCUCCGUCGUGUUCGCACACCCUGAAAUUGGAAGUAUCGGCCUCACAGAGCCGCAAGCCGUGGAGAAGUACGGCAAGGAGAACCUCAAGAUCUACAAUACCAGCUUCACGGCGAUGUACUACGCAAUGAUGGAGCAGGAUCAGAAGGGACCGACGAAGUACAAGCUCAUCUGCCAGGGACCGGAUGAGAAGGUCGUGGGUCUGCACAUUCUGGGACUGGGCAGCGGAGAGAUGCUGCAGGGUUUCGGGGUGGCGGUAAAGAUGGGGGCGACUAAGGCGGACUUUGAUAGCUGUGUGGCUAUCCACCCGACGAGUGCCGAGGAGCUGGUAACGCUGAAGUAG